AUGACCAAAAUCCGUCGACGUGGUAAUAAACCACGCUCCGGUCAGCUGAAACAGGUCUCCGAUCCAGUUAAUGCGAAAUUCGAAAUCAUUGCAGUGCAUGGCCUUGGCGCCGACCCUGACUAUACUUGGUCCUAUCGUGAUCCCAAAGAAAAGAAAUCAGUAGCUCUCUCGAAGAGAACUCAUCUUCUCAGGGGUCUACUAUCUGAGGAUUUCCCUGAAGCAAGAAUCUGGAGCUAUCAAUAUGACUCCACGUGGCUCACUGAUGCGCCGGUGAAGACAACAGAAGAGAUUGGGACAAGUUUGCUCAGGGAAUUGAAAGCCAGUCGAUCAGCAAAUGCUUUGUGUGGAGUUGACUCGAAGGAGAUUGUAGAUGAAACUCGUGGUGUCAUAUUCCUUGGAACUCCUCACCAAGGCUCACAUCUACCAAUCACUGGUAUAAUCCUGGCUUUUUUGACUGGAUUUUGGGGAUCAGAUUCUACAUUAAUAUUUUCGCUUCGACACCACGAUAAAGGCUUGACAGAUCUUACUGAGAGAUUUAAGGCUUGUGGAGUGAACAGUCAGUCGGGUCAAACGCUUCCAGUCAUAUCCUUCUAUGAGACUAAACCAACAUAUUUAUUUGGAUACUUCUCUAUAGGCCAGCUUGUUGAAAAAGAUUCAGCUAUAGUCCAUGCGAGCCCUCAUGAGUCAUACCCUAUUGACACUGAUCAUUCCGGCCUGGAUAAAUUUAUUGGGAAGGACGAUGAAUUUUACCAGAAACUGAAAACCUCCAUACAACAUCUGAGAGUCCCCUCGAUUCUUGAAAGAGCCGACAAAAGUCUACGAGAAUAUUAUACCGAAUGCAAGAGACUCAAUAUUAAGCGGCUUUCUGGUGACCUUCUGCCUCUAGACCAGUGCUACAUAAACCUUGCUAUCGUGGAGCAGACGAGCAAAAAUAUGAGGCAAGAGACCCAGCCGGACAAAAAAACUCCUCAGUAUUCAUUGUUCGCAUGCCAAAAGGUUGAAACUCCAGAUAAAGCUGUGCAAGUUGAGCUUUCGGAAAUUUUUGCUCCACGUAAAGCGAGCGGUGAAUCACAGGUCUACCCAAGAAGAAUCCUCAUCCGUGGACGAGCCGGAGUGGGGGAAACGACCUUGAGCAAGAAGAUAGUCAAUGAUUUCAUUUCAGAUAAACAGACUGCCAUCAAUGUGGCAUGGGCGCAGCUGUAUUACCAAGUGCUUUGGGUUCCUCUCCGUGAUCUUAAGUCCAAGUCUCCCCGGAACUUACUGGAUCUUAUCUUUCAGGAAUUCUUUAAGGAGAGGUCAUAA